UGUUGACAGUUUCCUGUUCCGGUGGACGAUCUGUAAGCAGGAGGAGUAAAGAUGGCGGCUGCUCCGACGGACAGAGAUCCACUGACGGACCCGGAGUUCGUUAAUUUCUCCGCCAAAGACACGUCAUUGCGCUGGCUGGCGGUGUCCGACCUGCAGACCGAAGUGCACUGUCACCUGGCCUUGUAUGUUCCCAGAAUCCUUUGCCUCGGUGCGAGCGGGGUCAGCAGCCGGGAGGAGCAGAGGGAGGAGCUUGCCUGUCAGCUCCUCCUCCUGGCUCCCCUGGAAUGGUUCAUGUUGGGGGAGGAGCCUACAGCCGGCCUCGCACGGCUGCAGGAGAACAACCGGCCGUCAGCGCUGUGUGGUCACGUGUUCAAGGUGGGAGAGCCCACCUACUCCUGCAGGGAGUGUGCAGCUGAUCCAACAUGUGUUCUGUGCAUGCAGUGUUUCCUGGGAAGUGUUCACAAAGAGCAUAGAUACAGAAUGACAACAUCUGGAGGUGGGGGUUUCUGUGACUGUGGAGAUGAGGAAGCCUGGAAGAUGAGUCCUUAUUGUAACAAACACACACCGGCAGAGAGACACACUGAGGAGGAUCCUGUAGCUCAGCUUCCUGUAGACAUGGUGGCCCGUGCUUACAGCAUCUUCUCCAUCAUCCUGAAGUACGCUGUUGACCUCCUGACCUGGGAACGGGAGGACGAGCUACCUGCAGGACUGGAGCCGCCGGAGCGGUCGGACUCGUACCUCUGCAUGUUGUUUAAUGAUGAAGUCCACACGUAUGAACAGGUGAUCUACACGCUACAGAAAGCUGUCAACUGCAGCCAGAAAGAGGCUGUGAGCUUCGCCACCACUGUGGACCGAGAUGGCAGGAAGUCAGUUCGUUAUGGGGACCUUCAGUCCUGUGAACAGGCCAAGUCUGUUAUUGUGAGGAACACCAGCCGGCAGUCGAAGCCUCUCCGGGUUCAAGUGAUGCACUCGUCUGUUGUGGCUCAUCAGUGUUUCGCUCUGAAGGCUCUCGGCUGGUUGGGACAGAUCAUUCAGUACUCUGACGGUCUGAGGAGGAUUCUGUGUCAAGUGGGUCUGCAGAACAGUCCAGAAGGAGAGAACUCGUCACUGGUCGACAGACUGAUGCUCAACGACUCAAAGAUGUGGAAAGGAGCGAGGAACAUCUACCACCAGCUGCUGAUGAACUCUCUCCUCAUGGAUCUAAAGUACAAGAAGAUGUUUGCCAUUCAGUUCUCCAAGAACUACAGACGGCUGCAGACAGAUUUCAUGGAGGACGAUCAUGAGCGAGUUGUGUCGGUGACGUCACUGUCAGUCCAACUGUUCACGGUCCCGACAAUGGCUCGGAUGUUGAUGACGGAGCAGAACUUGAUGACGACCAUCGUCAGGACGUUUGUGGAUCACCUGCGUCACAGAGAUCUUCAGGGUCGGUUCCAGUUCGACCGUUACACAGCUCAGCAGGCGUUCAAGUUCGGACGAGUCCAGAGCCUCAUAGGUGACCUCAAGUACGUGUUGAUCACGCCUCCCUCUGAUUGGUCCCAUCAGCUCCGACAGAAGUUUCUCGAAGGUUUCGAUUCUUUUCUGGAUCUGCUCAAGUGUAUGCAGGGUAUGGACCCAGUGGUGAGACAGGUCGGCCAACACAUUGAGAUGGAGCCUGAGUGGGAGGCAGCGUUUACACUUCAGAUGAAGCUGACUCACGUCAUCACAAUGAUACAAGAGUGGUGCUGCACUGAUGAGCACGUGCUGGUCGAGGCGUACAGGAAGUGUGUGAGUGCUCUCAGUCAGUGUCACAACAGUCUUCCUGACGGUGAACAGCCAAUCAGCUUAAGUCUUUGCGGACACAGUGUGGAGACGUUCAGGUACCAGGUGUCUCAAGACAAGGUGUCCAUACACCUGCCUGUUUGCAGGCUGCUGGCAGGUCUCCAUGUUCUCCUCAGUAGAACAGAAGUCGCCUCUCGAGUCCCUGAACAGCUCCCAUUGGGUGAACUCAGCCCCCCCCUCCUAAUUGAACUCCCCCUCCGCUGCCUGGUGCUCUGUGCCCAGGUGCAUGCUGGGAUGUGGAGAAGGAAUGGCUUCUCCCUGAUCAACCAGAUUUAUUAUUAUCACAACGUCAAGUGUAGAGUGGAGAUGUUCGACAAGGACGUCAUCAUGCUGCAGACGGGGGCGUCCAUGAUGGAUCCAAACCACUUCCUGAUGAUCGUUCUGAGUCGAUUUGAACUGUUUCACAUCUUCAGCUCCACAGACGUCAGGCAGAGAUACAGAGAGGCCAACAAGGACGUGGUCCAGCAGAACAACACUCUGAUUGAGGAGAUGCUUCAUCUCAUCAUCAUGGUCGUCGGGGAGCGCUAUGUGGCAGGUGUGGGACAAGUGGAACCCCUCGAUGAGGUCAGAAGAGAAAUCAUCCACCAGCUGUCGAUCAGACCGAUGUCUCACAGUGAGCUGGUGAAGGCUCUACCUGAGAACGGUAAUAAGGAGACAGGUCUGGAGGGAGUCAUCGACAGCGUCGCUUCUUUCAAGAAACCAGGUGUAACAGGUCGUGGUUUGUAUGAACUUUGUCCCGAGUGGAACAAAAACUUCAACCUUUACUUUCAUCACUACAGCAGAGCUGAUCAGUCCAAGGCUGAGGAGGCUCAGAGGAAACUGAGGAGACAGAAAGGAGAGGACACAGCCCUGCCUCCCCCACUCCCCCCCCCUCUCUGUCCUCUCUUUGCGAGUCUCGUAAACGUCCUGCAGUGUGACGUCUUGUUGGCUGUAGAGGGCGCUGUGCUGCAGUGGGCUGUGGAGCCAAGUGGGGGGAGCUGGACCGAGUCAAUGCUACAGAGGGUGCUCCACAUGGUGGCCAUGGCUCUACUGGAGGAGCAGCAGCAGUUAGAAAACAAAGGAGAUGAUGAUGUCACCUUCAACUACACCUGCAAGAUAUCACGUCCAGGUCAAGCUCCUAGUCCGACAGGAAGUGUCCUGGCCUUGUUGGAGACUCUUCAGAACGCUCCUCACCUUGAGGUUCACAAAGACAUCAUCACCUGGAUCCUCAAGACGGUGUCGAAUAUUAAAACAAUGAGAGAACGAACAGCGUCCAUAUCCACAGUCAGCACCUGUCGUGGACAUGGAGCGGAGGAGACGCUGAGGGACAGAGACAAGGCAGAGAGGAAGAGGAAGGCAGAGCUGGCUCGUCUCCGCAGAGAGAAGAUCAUGGCUCAGAUGUCCGAGAUGCAGAAACACUUCAUCAACGAGAACAAAGAACUUUUCCAACAAAGUCUGGAGGAGCUGGAAGCGUCUAGUGCCAGAGCUGCAGACAGCAGUGCCCCCAGUCUGGAGCACCCCUGUGUUUCUCAGGUGUGUGUUGGUCCCAGGAGGUUGGGUGGAGCAGAGCCCCGUCAGCUUGUCACCUGUAUCUUGUGUCAGGAGGAGCAGGAGGUCAGAGGUCACGGCAGAGCCAUGGUGCUCGCUGCGUUCAUCCAGAGGUCAACUGUUCUGUCCAAAAACCGCCGCCGCACCCUGCCCGACCCAGAGCGACAUGACCCCCUGUUCAUGCACCCGGACCUGUCCCUGGGGAUCCACACAGCCAGCUGUGGACACAUCAUGCAUGCCACCUGCUGGCAGAGGUACUUCGAGGCCGUGCAGGUGAAGGAGCAGAGACGUCAGCAGCGUCUUCGAGGUCACACCAGCUAUGACGUAGAAAACGGAGAAUUCCUGUGUCCUCUCUGUGAAUGUCUGAGCAACACUGUGAUCCCCCUGCUACCCCACACACACACACCUGAACACAGUGUUAAUCAUCCCUCUCUGGAGGUGUGGCUUAACACAACCAAUCAGCACAUAGCAGUACUAUACUCCGCCCACAGGAAGCAGUCUGAAGAUGUAGCAGAGGGGGCGGAGUCUGUCACACUCUGUCAGAACCGCUUCUCCAGCAGCGUCCGUGAGAUGAUCACCACCUUCAGCACGUCCACCUACAAAGUGGGACUGAAACUGAACCCCAACGAUCAGGACCCGCGAGUCCCGGUGCUGAGCUGGUCUACCUGCGCCUACACCAUCCAGAGUAUAGAGCGCCUCCUGGUGGACGAAGAGAAGCCGUUAUUUGGGAGUCUACCUUGCCGCCAGGACGACUGUCUGAGCGCCCUCACCAGGUUCACUUCAGCCUGUUGGACAACAGCUCCACUGAAAACAGUUCAAACACACUUCAUCAGACUGUUCACAGUUCUGGUGCCAGACUCUCAGGUAGAAAACUCUCCUUGUAUCCUCGACGUCGACAUGUUUCACCUGCUGGUUUACAGUGUGUUAGCUUACAGCUCAGUUCACAGUUUGGACCAAUCAAGUGCGAGCAUUGACUCAGCUCAUCUCCACCUUCUUCACCUGGUCACAGUGACUCACCUGGUUCAGAUCCUGCUAACGACCUGCACAGAGGAGGUGUGUAUGGAUCAGGAUGGUGGAGGGUCAGAGGAGGAGGAGCUUAUCUGUGAACUGUACAACACACUGAGGACACACCUGGACAGUGUGUUACCUGUAGUGUCCUCUGGGUGGCAGUUGUGGCGUUGUGUCAAAGCCGGUAUCUUGCCAUUCCUCCGAGCUGCCGCCCUCUUCUUCCACUACCUUAACUGUACAGCGCCACCUGCUGAACUGCUGGUUGCGGGUCCUGGUCAGUGGGAGGCGCUCUGCAGCUUCCUUAGUCUGCCGUCCAAUCUGCUGCAACUACACCAGAGCCAACACACACUGCUGGAGCCGCUCAUUAACAGGUGGUGUUGUCAUCCAGGGGUGAAACAGGUGCUGCAGGGGGGCGGAGUCAUCGUAAGGUUUCCCAGAGAGUCGAACAAUCUCAUCGAGCUUCCAGAUGAUUACAGCGUCCUGAUCAACCAGGCGUCCAGCUUCACGUGUCCUCGCUCAGGCGGAGAUAAGUCUCGUGCUCCCACGCUGUGUCUUGUGUGCGGCGCCAUCUUGUGCUCUCAGAGUUACUGCUGUCAGACGGAGGUGGACGGCGAGGACGUGGGAGCGUGCACCGCUCACACCUUCACCUGCGGCACCGGCCUCGGACUCUUCCUCAGGGUGAGGGAGAGUCAGGUGUUGUUUGUUGCAGGUAAAACAAAAGGUUGUUUUUAUCCUCCUCCUUAUCUGGACGACUACGGUGAAACUGACCAGGGACUCAAGCGGGGGAACCCCCUCCAUCUGUGCCUGGACCGUUACAGGAAGAUCGAGCGUCUGUGGCGGCAGCACGGCAUCGCUGAGGUCAUAGGUCACGCUCAGGAGGCCAAUCAGACGCUGGUCACCAUCGACUGGCAGCACCUGUGAUUAUCCCCCCCUUCAAGCUCAGUGAUUGGCUUUCACUAUUUCGCCGCCCCUCCGCCGUCCCUUCCCUCUCGACCAAUCAGCUUUCAGGGAUAUUUUUUAGGGCAUUGGUUUUGUUUUUUUGUGCCAGACCUUUGACUUGUCUCAGUCCACCAAUCAGAGCCGCGUCCAACACACAGUGCGUUCGACAGCUGAAACAAGUGAUGUUUAAACUCAGGUUGUGGUUUCUGAUUGGUUCAGGUGUGUGACAAGGACCCAAACAAAGGAACUCCAACUCCCAGGGUGCAUUUCAAUUGGAAACCGCCAAUCCUAGAGCUCAGCUCCAUAUUCAGCAGCUGAGGAUCAUGGGUAAUGUACUAUCAGAAACCCAUCCAGAGCUGAAACACUAAUUAAUCAGUUGAUGAAUUAAAUCAGCAACCACAGACUUGAUUGGUUGAGAUGACAUCAACUGAUCGAUUUAUUGUCAAAUCUUUUUUCAAAGUUAUUUCUGACCCUCCUCUCCUGAUGUUUCCAUGACAACAGGAACGUUAAUGAUCAUGUGAUCUGUUCAACAUAUCAGAGUAUUGAUUAUUGAUGAGCGGCUGAUUCCGUUUUUACUUAGUGCUUUAAAGAUUUAUUUCAUCAGCUGAUCGAUGUGACUUCUGAACUGUUAAUAUGUGAAUUCUUGUAUAAAUGAGAACAUGUAUUAAAAUUGUAUAAGAAUUUAAAACCAAUAAAAACUUCAAAAUGA